GUCGCCGAUUCAAUUUGAAAUAAUUUCGUCCGCGCUCACCCAGUACCCGGUACUCUACAGUCUACACUGGCAUUGAAUGCCCUCCUCAUCCCCGCCGACCAGCACCAAACUUCUCAAAAUCUCCGGCCGCCUUCCUCAAUCUACUCCCACGGUGGUACUCUACGCUUUAACUCUCUCAAUCUUUGGGCGAUUCAUGGUGGAAAUUGUUCAAAUCCUGUGAAGUUAGGUUUGGGAAGAUGACGACUGUAGAGAAGCUCAUAGUCCAGAUCUUCGAGAGGCACAAGUCGAUACUUGAGCAGGUCAAGAAGCAGACUGAACUCUUCGAUCGGCAUCUCGCUUCCAAAUGCGUCCUAGACGGAAUCUCCCCUCCUCCAUGGAUCUUGUCCCCUUCGCUCGACUCUCUUUCAUUGCAUCCCAGUGGGUUGAAGAAGGAAGAGCUUAUAUCUGGGCUCCUGCUUCCACGUCUCAAGCACCAAGCUUUUACCCUAGUGUUCACCAUCCCCAUUCCAAAAGGCCUUUUCUCCCCACUUCAUCGAAACAAGAAAAGCCUUUUGAUCCUGCUGCUAAUGAGUAAUGAUUCAGUAGGACAGUUUUCUGUUCUGUCUCAAUUCCCCGCCACUGACACUCCUGGUGCUCUCAACCAUGCUCGAGACUCACAAGAUCAUGAUAACUGUACUGAUCACAGUCGAUCAUUGGUGAGGAUUGAAAGAUCCAAAUCGAGGCAAAGGGCGUUGGAGAUUCGCAGUAGCGCAAGAUCAGCUAAACUACGUGCAAAUGAUGAGAAUGGUGAUCCUGGUUCUUGUCAAAAUAACGUUCAUUCCACAAAAGGAGAAGUGAAAGUGGCCGAAUCUUGGAGGAAAGAGGGCAGCAGUGGUCAUGAUAAUGUUAGAAUUCAAUCUGGUGCACUGUACCAACUAUCCAGUCAUAUGAAUGAGCUUCUUAGUAAGAAAAAAUCUUCUGAUAUUGUGAAGAAAGAUUUGCCCAGAGAGUCUACCUUCAUGUCAAUGCAGCAGUCCAAUUAUGCUGAUCGGAUGUCAGAAGCAGCCAAUUUUACUAUGGCUGCUGAUGAAAUUUGUGCAACAGAAGAAGUAAACGGUGGUGAUUGCAUUAUCAAUGAAGGUGGCAGCUUCAUUCAUUCUGGUGGAGCUAGAAGCUCAAGACAUUCAAGCCUUCAGAAUGAUGCUUUAAAGGCCGCUUCAGAUGAGGUCAAGUCCGUCAAUAAUGGAGCUAAAGGUGGUAGAUUUGAGCAUUCCAGUGAAAGAUCUUCAAAACAGGCUACUAAUGACAACAGGUUACAAGAAUCGGCCAAACCCUCUGCAACAUUCAGCGGGUCUCACGAACGUUCAAAUUUGAAAAUGACUGAUAAUGGGAGCAUAGAAAUGGGUAGCAAUGGUGAUUUUGUGAGAGUAACAAGAUCUACGAGAGCUAACCGAUCUCAACAAGGUGAUGAAUGUGUGCAGCUCAGUUGUCCUAUCAAUAACGGUAAAGAAGAUGGUUGCUAUUCAAACAGGAUACCCUACCAUGUUGAUGCCUUAAGGGACUCAAUUAAACCUAGGGUUGAGGUGCCUCACUUACAAAGCAUGGAAAUGAGGGGUGGAAUCAUGCGAAUACCUAAACCAACACAGUCCAUAAGCCCCGAUUUUCAAAAUGAUUAUGUUUAUGAUUUGCGGAAAAUGUGUGUUUCUUCUAACAUGGCUGAAGAUGCAGAUAUUGCAGUUGCAGAGCCCAACAGAUUAUCACAACUGCUUCUGUCAUCUAGGGUGAUUGGAAAAGAAGUGAGCUACCCGGAACAAGAGGGUACUCAUCCCAAUGGCCUGACUGUACGCACCACCAUUUUUGACAGUAAAAAAUGUGGAGCAGUUCCUGCUGACUCAGGCAUUAACUCUCCUGGGCUAGUUGUGGCUGAUUCGCUUACUUCAAGAUCUAACUCAGGUGCCCAUAGCAUCGGAGUUACCUCAAGGUCAGAAAGUGAAGAUGACAUGCUGAUGAAGCCCAAGCAACUUGAUUUUGAUGACAUGGAAGUUAACAGAACUUCCAUUUCUGAUGUCCAGGAUGACAAUGGUAUAAUGUCAUCAAAACAGUCUCCUGCAGAGAGACGAUCUUCCUGUUCAUCAACUGAAGUAACUUCUGUUGGCCACAUAGAACAGAACAGUUUGUUGCCCAAUAUGCUAUGCCUUAGUGGUUUCGAUAGCCAGGAAAAGCCUAGGAAGGAUUCAUCACAAGAUCUUGGCAAGGACACUGUUAACAGUGCUAGUAACAUGAACUCUGUACAGGAACAGAAUAGUAUUGCGUUUGCUCAAAACCCAUAUUUAUGUACUUCUUUCAUGGGUUCAUGGCCUCAAUACAAACGCAUGAAGCUGCAGAAGGCUAUCAGCUCAGAUGAUCACAAGCAUCCUGGGGAAGAAAUGCUUCAAGACUCGGAUAAAAAUACAGUAAAGGCACGUGAAGUUUUAUCAUCUAAGAUGCAAGUUAAAGAGGUCUCUGAAAGCUUUUAUCUGGGAAGAUUGGUUACUGAAAGCAUCCUGCAGAUGACAAACUCUGAUGCCGGGGGCACUCACAAUCCACCAGUUUAUCCAGUUGCCGCCUUAGUUUCUGUGGAUUCGACCGCACCUGAUGAAAAUGGACCAGAGUUGGAGAAAUUUGUUGUGGAAACAAAUGAUAAAGAGCCUUCCACUGCAGGACCUAACUUUUCGGAUCCAUAUAGGCACAACCCUUUCGUUCUAGACCCCCCAACCAUCUCGACUAGCCUUUUCGGAAACCUUGCUGAAGAUGCUGACGCCAAUAAGCAGUUUGAAUCCACCAGUUCCAAUUACUUGGGUGACCUCAGUGGCUUUACAUCUCAUGAAAUUUACGUGUUUCCUACUGACAGUGCUCCUUUCAUUCAUGGCAGUAGCAAAGUCUACAGUUCCCCGGUAAGGAAAUUCUGGGAACCUAUGCCAUUAAAGUCUCUGAGUUCAGAGAGACAAGCAAGUUCAAUUCCUGAUCUUCCCAGUAUAAAUGAAGAAGAGACUGAGAAUAUGGAUGAUGACAUAGUUAUCACCAGUCCAGAGAAUGCAAUAAAGAUUGUUGAGAGGAAGCCGCUUGUUGACAUCAUGGAAUCUGCAAAUCCUCCAGCUUCAAUAUGUAACGAAGAUGAUGUAAUAGAUGAUAGAUAUAGUAUUGCUUCUGUGUGCACAGAGUUCAGUGUGGCUGGUAGCGUUUGCAAAUUGGAGACUGGGAAUCGGAGAAUCAGCAGAAGUAGAUAUGGUUAUGCAACUAGCAAUAAGGGGAAGUCGAAGCAGCGCCAGCAGCAGCUGAGGGUCCCACUUGGAGUUAAAAGGAGUAAUGGUUCUUUACAGAAUAGCUUGUUCAGUAAGCCACCAAAGUUGUUGAGGAAGAAUGAACCGAGAAAAUUUAGCGCUGGUUUACUGGAGAAGGCGCCAAAACAUAACAAUAUUGUGUCAAAUGUUACUUCCUUUGUUCCACUGGUGCAACAACAAAAGCGAAUGGCUGCUGCUGCUGCUGCUGCUGUUACAGGAAAGAGGGAUAUCAAAGUGAAGUCCUUGGAAGCAGCAGAGGCUGCUAAACGACUUGCUGAGAAGAAAGAGAAUGAUAAAAGGUUGAAGAAGGAAGCUUUGAAACUUGAGCGGCGGGCAAGGAUUGAAGAGCAGAACUUGAGGCAGCUAGAGUUGGAGAAAGAAAGGAAAGAAGAACAGAAAAAGGAGGCUGAGAUGGCUGCCAAGAAACGGCAGAGAGAAGAAGAACAGAAGAAGGAGAGAAAGGAAAAGGAAGCGGAUCGAAGAUAAAAGAAAGCAGAACAUGGAACAGAGAGACAAAAUGAAUUAUGGUGACAAAGAAGAAACCAAGUGUGGAAGAGAAGCUCCGGAUGUCAAGGCAAGUAAACUGAUGGAGAAUGUCGAAGAAGAAAGGAUGGUCAAGGCAACUGGGACAACGAAUCCCAUUGGUUCUGCAGCUUAUGAUACAAGGAAUAUGAAUUCUGUUGAUAAUUCGAAGGAUGUUAUGGAAAACCAAAUAUGUGAGGGAAAAGAGAACAACUACAGUCUGGAAUCCGACAUUGUACCAGCAAGAUCAUACGAGAUUUCACCAUACAAAGGUUCCGAUGAUGAAGAUGAAGAAGCUGAGGAUGAUGAUGAUGAUGAUAAGCCCAAUACUAAAUUUAUUCCUUCUUGGUCCAGAAGAAGGGGCAUAACAUUUACUAUCUUGUCUCAACAAGCAAAGCUAGAUCCGGCAACUGUUUUCCCACUUGAAAGCUUUAUCAGUAAAGACCAAGUUAUAUUGCCCAGAAAGCUCCGGCACCUAUAGGUCACGACGACAACGACAACAUAUGGUCCAAGUUCAGGUAGAUUCGACGCCAAGGAGCCAGAGACUAUUCUACGAGGCCUUUUUGUACAUCCAACUCCCUUUUUUAUUUAUUUCACCAGAGCUAGGUAGAUGCGAUGAUAUAUAUUAAGAAAAGUAGUAACUCUCUGCCUUAGAGAGAGGUGACCAAGGGAGAAGGGUUGGCUGCCUAAUCUACUUUACUUUUGGAGAUUGUCGAUGUGCGCUGCUAGGUUAAUUGGCUACCAGCCAACUUUCUUGUUGUUGAUGCCUAAACAGCAGGAAGAUGAUUGUAGGUUCUUUUAUUAUGGCGAUGACCAGUUCAACUCGGGAAGCCAUUGCUUUCUUCUAUCUUGUCACCGCCCCAUCAAAAAGUAAUGAGUUAUGGGAAAUCUGAUUUGGUUGUUGAAUGGUGUAAGUGUCUUCUAGCCAGG